AUGAAGCAAAAGUUCACGUAUUCGAGGAAGGAUAAGACGCGGCCACGCAACAAUGGGGAUUCGACACCAGAUGACGAGGACGGCAGUCGCAAGCGACGGAAAACCGACAGCCCCAGCGAAACCAGCAGCUUUGUGUCUGUACCCACAAUUUCCUCAACAGCCUCUAGUAUUCGCGCAAGAGGCUCUGCCAUAUUUAAAAGAACAUCGCAACUUUUCGGUGGGCCUGUCUCGAUUCCGCAGGACGAUGCAGAUCUCGAAGUCACGCCGAAGCCACGGAAAUCUCUAGCAGGAUUGUUUGACAAGGCCUUACAGCCCCGAUCCACGCAAUCUCCAAUUCCAAAGCAGCCAAACAUCCACGGUAGUCGUGAUGAAUUUGUGCGGACGAUAGAAGUCAGGAAGAAAGAACCACACGCAACUCAACCGAACGGCAGCUAUCUCCCAACCCCGCCAUCAGAAGUGCAAAGGCUUCGCAGCAGUGGCACAGGCAGUAGUAACUCGAGUGGGCCAGGCGCAAGAUUGAAGCCUGGUUCGACGUCUGGACACUAUGACGGCUCUUCCGAGGUAACAGACCUCUGCCGGAAACGUAGCAAAGGCAAAGUCCAGAAGCAGACCUACGUUCCAAAAUCCAAUGCAGCCCAGAAUACGAAGCAUUCAGGCGUAGAUCUCUUUGGCGACCAGCUGCCGAAGCGAUCAAGGGAGGUCCAGUUGUGGUCUACCAACCAGUCCAAGUCGCCUCUCCUGCGCCUUCCAGGAGAGGUACGUGCACGCAUCUACAGAUACGUCCUUGGUGGUAAAACCAUCACCAUCGGAUACGAAACCUAUCGGCGUGUAGAAACGGCCUCUGAGCCCGCCAGGGUCGUUCCAACCUUCAGGUAUUGCUGUGCCGUCUACAGCCAGCCUAAUGUCGACCCGUUCAAGAAGCAACUACCAUAUAUCAACGUCACAUUCGGCUUUACCUUACUUAACAAUAUUUGCCGGCAGCUGUAUUACGAAACAGCAAAGCUACCAUAUACUCUGAACACUCUCGCGUUCUCUUCGCACAACACCUUGUUCAACUUCCUCUUUCUGGAGCAGCGACUAUCCUGCGAGCAGCGCGACGCAAUUACAUCAAUCACGCUACAAGAUGCACUACCGAUGUCGAAUCUGCUCAUCUACUUGCGUAACCUGCAGAAGAUCGUACUGGUCGAUGAUCUGCCAGGCAACCCGAAGGGUACAUACAAGGUCACCCGCGUCAAGGGCAAGAUACCCAAGCUACUGAAUACACGACACGUCUGGGGAGGUUAG